CAUUGGCCCCCGGGCGGGGCGGGCGCCGGCCCCUCUCGGCGGGGCGCCGCGGUGCGGCGGCGGCCGGGCGUGCGGCGGCGGCGGCGGGGCCAUGGCGAGCGCGGCGCGGCGGCGCGGCCGGUGCCCGGCGGCGGGGCGGCGGCUGCUGCCGCUGCUGUGCGCUCUGCUGCUGGGCCCGGCGCGCGCCUUCCACAUCAAGAAGGCGGAGGCGGCGGCGGUGGCGCCCGGCGAGGCGCUGCGCUACCUGCACUCGGCCGAGCUGGGCGAGGCGCUGCGGGCGGUGGCGACCGCGGCCCCGCCGGGCCUGGCGCGGCUCUUCAGCAUCGGCGAGUCGGUGGAAGGGCGGCCGCUGUGGGUGCUGCGCCUCACGGCCGGCCUGGAGCCGGCGCGGGACGGCGAGGAGCCCGGCGGCGCGGCGCUGCCCGGCCGCCCGCAGGUGAAGCUGGUGGGCAACAUGCACGGCGACGAGCCGCUGGCGCGGCCGCUGCUGCUGCGCCUGGCGCAGGAGCUGGUGCGCGGCUGGGCCGGCGGCGACGCGCGCAUCGGCCGCCUGCUCAACACCACCGACCUCUACCUGCUGCCCAGCCUCAACCCCGACGGCUUCGAGCGCGCCCGCGAGGGCGACUGCGCCGGCGGCGGCGAGGCGGGCGGCCGCGAGAACAGCCGCGGCCGCGACCUCAACCGCAGCUUCCCGGACCAGUUCGGCGCGGCGCAGCCCGACCUGGAGCCCGUGCCCGAGGUGCGCGCCCUCAUCGCCUGGAUGCGGCGCAACAGGUUUCUACUCUCUGGCAAUCUUCAUGGUGGCUCAGUGGUCGCAAGCUAUCCCUACGAUGACUCUCCCACACAUAAGCCCACAGGAGUCUACAGUAAAUCAGCUGAUGAUGAAGUGUUCAGAUACUUGGCAAAAGCUUAUGCAUCAAAUCACCCCAUAAUGAGAACUGGCACCCCAAAUUGCCCCGGUGAGGAGGGAGAGACUUUCCAAGAUGGCAUCACAAACGGUGCCCAGUGGUAUGAUGUUGAAGGUGGGAUGCAGGAUUACAACUACGUGUGGGCCAACUGCUUUGAGAUCACCUUGGAGCUGUCCUGCUGUAAAUACCCGCCAACCUCCCAGCUUCAGCAAGAGUGGGAGAACAACCGGGAGUCUCUCCUUGCCUUCAUUGAGAAGGUCCACAUUGGUGUGAAAGGCUUUGUCAGGGAUGUAGUCACCGGCUCUGGCUUGGAGAAUGCGACUAUCGUUGUUGCUGGUAUUGCUCAUAACAUCACAGCGGGCAAAUAUGGCGACUACCACCGACUGCUUGUGCCUGGGACCUACAACGUGACCGCGGUUGUAAUGGGUUACACACCAGUGACCAUGGAGAACAUUGAGGUGAAGGAGGGAGAUGCAACAAAAGUGGAUUUCUCCUUGCAACCAACUGUAAUGGCACCAGCUCCUAACCUCACAGAGUUCUCGGCAACGCCUGCUCCUGUCCCUACCAUCACCUCCAGUGUUGUACAGGCAGAGUCCCCAAACCCAACCUCUUUCCAUCAGCCAGUCCAACCGGUGGACUUCCGCCACCAUCACUUCCCAGACAUGGAGAUCUUUCUACGGCGAUACGCUAACGAGUACCCCAACAUAACCCGCCUCUACUCUGCGGGCAAGUCAGUGGAACUUCGGGAGCUCUAUGUAAUGGAGAUAUCGGACAACCCGGGCAUCCAUGAAGCAGGUGAGCCAGAGUUCAAGUACAUCGGUAACAUGCAUGGGAAUGAAGUUGUGGGGCGAGAGCUGCUCCUGAACCUCAUUGAGUACCUCUGCAAGAACUUCGGCACAGAUCCUGAGGUGACUGCCUUGGUCCGGAGCACGCGCAUCCACAUCAUGCCGUCUAUGAAUCCUGAUGGCUAUGAGAAAUCCGUGGAAGGAGACAGAGGAGGCACCGUUGGCAGGAACAACAGCAACAACUAUGACCUGAACCGGAACUUCCCAGAUCAGUUCUUCCAGGUGACAGACCCUCCACAGCCAGAAACUCUCGCUGUCAUGAGUUGGUUAAAGACUUACCCGUUUGUACUCUCAGCAAACCUGCACGGAGGUUCUCUGGUGGUUAAUUACCCCUUUGAUGAUGAUGAACAAGGAAUAGCCAUAUACAGUAAAUCCCCAGAUGAUGCUGUGUUUCAGCAGCUGGCACUGUCCUACUCCAAGGAAAAUACACAGAUGUAUCAGGGAAGCCCUUGUAAGGACAUGUACCCCACUGAGUAUUUCCCACAUGGCAUCACUAACGGGGCUCAGUGGUACAACGUUCCAGGUGGGAUGCAAGACUGGAAUUACUUAAAUACGAACUGCUUUGAAGUGACCAUCGAGUUGGGCUGUGUGAAAUAUCCAAAAGCAGAGGAGCUGCCAAAGUACUGGGAGCAGAACCGCAGGUCUCUUCUCCAGUUCAUGAAACAGGUUCACCGCGGCGUCUGGGGAUUUGUGCUGGACGCCACGGACGGAAGCGGCAUUCUCAACGCCACCAUCAGCGUUGCUGACAUCGACCACCCGGUCACCACCUAUAAGGAUGGAGACUACUGGCGCCUGUUGGUCCAGGGAAUGUACAAAAUCACAGCAUCUGCUCGAGGGUACGAUCCAGUCACUAAGAUGGUGGAGGUUGACAGCAAAGGUGGGGUGCAGGUCAACUUCACUCUUUCACGGGCAGACUCCAAAGUAGAGGAGGGGAAGGUGGCAGUCCUGAACACUCCGGACACCAGUGACCCCAACGAGAAGGAGUUUGAGACACUGAUCAAAGAUCUUUCUGCUGAGAAUGGCCUGGAGCACCUCCUGCUUGCCUCGUCGGGGGAUGUCUCUCCUUAUCGAUACCGCCCUUACAAGGACCUCUCCGAGUUCCUCCGAGGCCUCAAUCUGAACUACCCCCACAUCACAAAUCUCACCAGUUUGGGUCAGAGUGUCGAGUUCCGUCAGCUCUGGUCCCUUGAAAUCUCCAACAAGCCCAACCAGUCUGAGCCCGAGGAGCCAAAGAUCCGCUUUGUUGCUGGUAUUCAUGGAAAUGCUCCUGUUGGUACAGAGCUGCUCCUGGCACUGGCAGAAUUUCUCUGCAUGAACUACAAGAAGAACGCUGCUGUUACAAAGCUAAUUGACCGAACCCGGAUUGUGAUUGUGCCUUCCCUGAAUCCAGAUGGACGUGAGGUAGCACAGGAGAAAGACUGCACAUCAAAGAUAGGCCAGACCAACGCUCAUGGCAGGGAUCUGGACACAGACUUCACAAGCAAUUACUCUCGAUACUCAGGGACACGAGAGCCUGAGACCAAAGCCAUCAUAGAGAAUUUGAUAUCGAAGCAGGAUUUCAGCCUGUCUGUUGCGCUAGAUGGUGGAUCUCUGCUUGUCACUUACCCGUAUGAUAAGCCAGUGCAGACAGUGGAGAACAAAGAAACGCUGAAGCAUUUGGCAUCUGUGUAUGCAAACAACCACCCAUUGAUGCAUUUAGGCCAGCCGGGCUGUCCAAAUAAGUCAGAUGAAAAUAUUCCUGGAGGUGUGAUCCGUGGCGCUGAAUGGCACAGUCACGAGGGAAGUAUGAAGGAUUUCAGCGUUAUGUUUGGUCAUUGUCCUGAGAUCACUGUUUAUACUAGCUGCUGUUAUUUCCCAAGCGCAGGACAGCUCCCCAGCCUGUGGGCAGACCACAGGAAGUCUCUCCUUAGCAUGCUUGUGGAGGUUCAUAAAGGAGUCCAUGGAUUUGUCCAAGACAAGAGUGGCAAGCCAAUUUCUAAAGCCACUAUUGUUUUUAAUGAAGGUUUGAAGGUCUAUACUAAAGAAGGUGGCUAUUUCCAUGUGCUGUUGGCUCCAGGUUUGCAUAACAUCAAUGCUAUAGCUGAUGGCUACCAGCAGAAGCAUGUCAAGGUCUUGGUACGCCACGAUGCACCUAGCUCUGUAGUCAUUGUGUUUGACAUGGAUAACAAGAUAUUUGGCCUGCGAAGGGAGCUGGUUGUAACUGUUGCAGGUGCCAGUAUGUCUGCUCUGGUCCUCACUGCCUGUAUCAUCUGGUGCGUCUGCUCAAUUAAGUCCAACAGACACAAGGAUGGCUUCCACCGCCUCCGCCAGCACCAUGACGAUUACGAAGAUGAAAUCCGCAUGAUGUCCACUGGCUCGAAGAAGUCCCUCCUGAGCCAUGAAUUCCAGGAUGAAACAGACACUGAAGAGGAAACAUUAUACUCCAGCAAGCACUGACACCUCCCAGACAGAAAAGGAGGUUCCCCAUGGACCAGACCUGGUGGGAGGGAGGCGAUUCCUGUGGUUCAGUUUUAGAACACUAGCUUGCAGGACGUGUCCUCCAGAGGUGUGGGUGGCAGCUCCUGACUUCCCUCUGCUAUUUGCUGUGUUCCUACUUACGUGCAAGUCAGGGAGUGUUGGAGGCUGUGUUCAGGCUAAGGACAUGGCUUGUUACAUUUUUAGGUCAAGAUCUGGAGGUACAUGUAACACUGUUUGAAAGGUAACAUAAUAGGAUGGCCAGCAGAGUUCCUAGUACUUCCCCAGCAUCUCAACGCGGUGAUCAGAUGGUGGGGAAGUGCCCCAAGACCUGCGUAGGGUCACAGUUACAGAACUCCAAAGCAGUUUCUCUACCUGUUUUGAAUUAUUUUUUUUUCUCCUCAUCCUACAUGGACUCCAAGUUCUGCAGAGCAGCCCUAGGAAACAGACUGCACUUCGUUCUCAGCUGCUCCCUUAGAGCUUUUUUCCACCUUCAAAUGCAGUGGCCUACUGUGCUCUGUGGUGGGUGCUGAGCACCUCUAAUGUGUUGCUAGUUCUCAUGCAGUGACCUGACAUCUUGAAAGCUGGGGGAAAUCGCAUCGUUUCUUGAUGUGAGCUGGAGAAAGAAGCACAUGUCAGAGCUUCAGUGAACUCUGACAAAGUCCAGGCACUUGCCAGCUCUGCAGUACUGCUGUUCCUUACUUCUGGGGAAGAAACCCUGUCCCCAUCACUUCUGGUUGGUUCUCAUUUGUGUAGACCUGGCCUUUGUGGUCUCGUGUUAGCGUUGUAGCAGCACAGUGUCCAAAAGAGCUACUGGAGUUUGUUACAAGCAGAGGGAUAGAACUGAUUAUGGUGGAUGCUGUAGAAAGCAACUAGUUACUGACUCUACCUGAUGAGUUCUGCUCAAGUCUGCCACGAUUCAUGGAGAAACUCAUUGAAAUUCAGCUACUGCUUAUUCAGUGUUAUUGGAGUAGCUGAGAGAGGUUGUGGAGCCUCUAUGGCCCAACUUGAGUCUUGAAUUUUGAAGAAAACCUGCACCUUUUGCCCCUGUCCAUCCAAUACCAUUUAGUGAUCAAGGGCACUUUGAAAGCACCCUCUGGUCAAACACUGGUGGUGGUGGCUCUACCCAGCUACCACCAGCAGUGUACUGAAGUAUGUAGCAAGAGCUCCAUCUAAUUGUCUCUCUGCAGCCUGUCUGCUGCUUUGGGGACUGGGGGAAGGAAGGGUGUGCUGAAGAAGGGGAGAAAAGCAGCCAAAUUUGUUCUGUAGCACUUGUCAGGAAUUUUGAAAGAAGAGCUGCGGCAUGCAUCCCCAAAAUCCAUUACCAUCACAGAGUCCAGGAACCUGUGACUCCUUAAACGUUUCCAAAGCCUUUAUAUAUUGCUGAAGCUCCUGUGCUUUCUGGGCAGAAGGCUGUCAUUGGAGCGUGGGCACUUUUUUUCUUGCUGCUUAUUCUUGUUUAAUACUUGCCCUACUGACCCAAGCUCCCUCGUGCAAGAGCCUGGUGCACCACUUUCGUCGGCACCCCGUUUGCCCUGAGCUGAUCCAUUCUCUGCCAGCCCAGCGAGGUCCGUUAGCGACGUGCUGCUGGGCUGUGCCUCCUGGGGAAGGGGCUGUUCCUCGAGCUGGCGUGUGGCUUAUGCACCUCCCGGCCCCUGCCUGCGGGGUCAUGCUGAUGGUUUCAUCAGCCGCGUGCUGAUUUCAUGCAGCUCGGUGGAGGGAUGAAGACAACCCUCCAGGCACACUGUAACUUCCUCCCUGUUUGAUGGGGAAUUAUAGUGCAAGAAGCACGUGAUAAAAGCUGGCUGGGGCAGUUGGCUGGGAAGGGGGAGAUGAGGCCGAGCGUUCCCUGUGCUCCCGCUGCCCUGCGUCACUGCAGCGCACGAGAGCUGUUCUUACCGCCUUGUGUUUCUGCAGGAGCCGUAAGCGACCCACGCGCCUGGUCCCAGCUCGCCCUGCUGAACGGGGGCUGUGGCUUGGUGCUGUGCUGUCCCUGUGCUGUGAGUAAAGGGGCUGCAGCAGGCCAGCCUCAAGCCUGCUUCAGCUCCAAACUUUUCCUCCUCCUGAGGACUUUAACGAGGGACGCAGCUGAGGUUUUCUAAUAAAGCUGGUUUUGCAAACUGCUCUUAGGUCUCCAGCCUUUUUGCUCUGGCAGCAGGUAACGAAUGGAGCUGGCCCUGCUAAGGCAGCUCUGCCGCACUAGCAAUAAGCCUCGUUAGGGAUCAGAGGCUGCAAGAGCGCUGGAUCAGCCCUUUUCCCCCAGGAAUGCAUUCUGAAAUUAGCUGCAGUAGGUGCAUAUUUUUUAAGGUGUGUGGGUUUGAGUUGAUUUGUAAAUGCACGCGAGGCUUUUCUACGCAGCGCAGCCCGGGUGGUGUCUGGUUCUCGCUGUGUGGUUGGAUCAGUAGCAGUGAGUAAGCGCUUGGGGUCCUUCUUAGCGGUUUCUGGAAGGGGCGAGCGGCUCGCUCGGCCUCCUGUCCCCGUCGCUCUGCCCAUCGUUAGCAGAAGUGUCCGUGCUGCUUCUGGUGAGGAGCCGGCCCGCCCGGUGCGUGCUUGUCUCGGGUGUGUAGGUCUAUGCACUGUGCCUUCAAAUGUACAUUUUUCAAAGGGACUUGAAAUGAAUCAGCAUUUCAUCUGGACAGAAAAUCAAUCUGUGUGACGUGCGAUCUACCUUUCUGUACCGGGGGGAGGGGCCUCUGUUUUUUUACCUGUAUACUGAGAUCUAAUAAUCUGUAUAAAACUAUUUUGAUGUC